CACUUCUUCCAAUACGUCCAGGCUAUAUAGUAGGAGUAUACAUUGAUUCAAAUGCAGUUAAUCAGUUAAGUCUAAUAUAUGAAGACACAGCAGAAGAUAUUGAUAUUUAUUAUUGGGAGAAUCUAACAGGACGAAUGUGUGAUCUUUCUUUAUGUGAUGCCAAAGUGAUGAGAGGAGUAAGACCAUUAAUUGGUUGGAUAUUCAGAAAUUUGACCCAUAACAGUGUUCUAUCAAAUCUAGAGAAUACAAUACAGGCACUUAGAAUGAAUUUACCUGAAUAUUGCAAUGAAACUGAAGUAUCAUCAUGUGUUCUACCUUCAGUAGAACCAACAAUGUCUUCUACACUUAUUUCAUCAUCAAUAUACAGAUCUCCAGUUUUGAUUUCAUCUUCACCCUUCUCUCCUUCUAAGUCAACUCUUCCAUCUUCAUCUCCAACUGCUACUCUUUCUUCUCCAGCAGUUGUUCCUUCCUCUUUAGCUACUCCUUCCUCUUUGUCAUCCUCUUCACUAGCUACUCCUUCCUCUUCGUCAUCCUCUUCAUUAGCUACUCCUUCCUCUGCUCCAACCUCUUCAUUAGCUACUCCUUCCUCUUCAUUAGCUACUCCUCCAUUAGCUGCUCCUUCCUCUUCUCCAACUCAAGGAGAGGAUGAUGGUAGUGUCCUCAUAAUUCAAGUAUCUAUAGCUCUUGGUUCAAUAGUUCCACAAAUCAUAAUCUUAGUAAUAAUUAUAUAUAUAUACUGUCUGUACUAUAGAAACAAGGCCAGUAUUAAUUUAGUAACUCCUCACUCUAUAGACA